GUCACCGUCCGCGUCUGUCAUUAUUUUUAAAAACAGCUUCAGUGUUUUUAGCAUUUUCCAUAAGUUUCACUUAAUUUAUUACCACUUUCCGAUAAUAAAUGAAGCUUUUAAAACCUAGUUGGGUCAACCAUGACGACAAACCAAUAUUUUCCGUGGAUAUUCAUCCAGCGGGUAAGCGUUUCGCCACUGGUGGACAAGGCGGUGACUCUGGUCGAGUGGUUGUAUGGAAUCUUAACUCUGUGCUAUUCGAGUCUGUCGAAGUGGAUCCAAAUAUACCUAAAAUGCUUUGCCAAAUGGACAACCAUUUGGCAUGUGUGAACUGUGUCCGAUGGAGUAACGCUGGUAAAUAUCUGGCCUCUGGAGGAGACGACCGAUUGGUUAUGGUGUGGGGGCUCAGUGUAGCAGCAACCGGUGCUGGGAAGCACAAAGCAGAGACUUGGAGGUGCCUGUCUACUUUGAGGGGCCAUGCAGGUGAUGUGUUAGAUUUGGCCUGGUCACCCAUGGACAAAUGGUUGGCGAGUUGCAGUGUAGACAACACCAUAAUCAUUUGGAAUGCAGAGAAGUUUCCAGAAAUGGUAUGCGUAUUGAAUGGACACACAGGAUUAGUAAAAGGAGUAGCUUGGGAUCCGGUUGGAAAAUAUCUGGCAUCACAAUCUGACGACAAAUCAUUAAGAGUAUGGAAGACAACUGACUGGGCACAAGAAACUGUCAUCACUGACCCAUUUGAAGAAUGUGGAGGCACAACUCACGUGUUACGUCUGUCUUGGUCCCCGGACGGUCAGUACGUGUUGUCAGCUCACGCUAUGAACGGAGGCGGGCCUACCGCCCAGGUGGUGGAGCGAGACGGGUGGCGAUGCGAUAAAGACUUCGUGGGGCAUAGGAAAGCAGUUACCUGUGCUCGUUUCAACAACAACAUCUUCGUGAAGGAAGGCAAGAAGUGUUGUUGCGCAGCGGUGGGGUCCCGGGAUCGAGCCUUGUCCAUUUGGCUGACGUCACUGAAGCGACCACUGGUGGUGGUCCACGAUCUAUUCACUGACAGCGUACUGGAUCUUUCGUGGAGCUCUGAUGGUUUGAACCUGUUAGCGUGCAGCUCAGACGGAACAGUGGCAUGUAUACAGUUCACUAACAAAGAAAUCGGUACACCACUCACUGUGGAGGAGAAGAAUGCGUUUUACGAGAAGAUCUACGGCAAAUGUUUGGCCAACGAGUCGGGCAACGAAUUGUCGUCCAACCUUCUAGUGGAGUGUCCUGAGAUUCUAUUGGCCCGGGAGAAACAAGAAGCCAAGAAGGAGGUUGUCAGGGAGGAAACUACGCCUAAAAGUGACAAAUCAUUGAAUUUGAGUCACUCGUCCAUAUCAAAAGUCAGUCCUGCUCUAAGUGUCGUCCGGCCAGUGGACAGACAGAUCGAAACGCGCACUUCUGACGGCAAGAGACGAAUCACGCCAGUCUUCAUUCCGCUCACCAGCAUUGACGCCAAUGAAUCGAUGGGGUCGCAGCCUAGCGGCGGUGAGAACUGCUUCAGCACAUCCUCACAGAGCAAGUCCCGGAUCCGAGUGGAAGUGCGAGACGACAUCAUUAUACAUCCGAACGUCAGCAACCACGCGGCUUUGAACAACUCUAGGCUUUCGGACAACGGCCUAGACCAACGGCUCCGCAAACGCAGCGCGGGCGGAGGUGGCAGCGGGGCGGGGCUGCCGGGGCCUCGCGUGGGGGGUGGAGGCGCCAGCGAGUCCGGGGCGGGGGCCAAGCGGGCCCGCCCCGCGCCCGCGCCCGGCCCGGCCGCCUGCCUGGCCGCGCCCGCGCUCGGCACCGCCGGGCCCGUAGUGCGCGCCGCCGGCCCGCUGCGGCUGCAGGUGGUAAACAAAGCAGUGAGCACAUACUACGGCACGUUAGCUCGACUACAGCUGUUACCAAACAAUUCAGUGUCCAACGAUCCUGUGUGGGAGACAUAUUUAGGUAGUGCGGUGACGUGCGUGUCGUGCGACGCGCGCUGGGCGUGCGCGGGCUGCGCGGACGGAGUGCUGCACGUGUGGCGCCUGACGCGAGGCAACGCGACCCGCGCCCUGCCGCCUGUAGCGUUAAUGUCUCCCGCGGUGAAGAUGACGUUAUCCGGAGACACAUUAGCAGUAGUGACGACGGCCGCCGAGUUGGCCAUAUGGGACUUAGCGAAUGCCACUUGUCUGAUACGACCGCUGUGUUUUAGAGGACUGUUGGCCCCUAAUGUGACGGUCACAAAUUGCUCACUCCUGGAAGAUGGACAUCCAAUGAUCUCACUGAGCAACGGCAAAAGUUAUAUUUAUAGCAAGAAGUUAUCCUCGUGGGUGGUAUGGUCGGACUGCACGGACCCAGUGUGGCGGGCGUGUGGAUCGUACGCUUGUACAAGGACACCUCCCGCCGCCCUGGCGCUGCAUCCGCGCUACCCUUCCACUCGCGAGCAACGCCGCCCGCAAGCUACGCAAGCCUCCACACAAUACAGCGCGACGGCCGCCCGCAGCUGGCUAGAGGCCCAGGUAGCCGUCUGUCUCCACCUGCGGUUGCCGCGCGACUACCGCCACUGGAAAGCGGCCUUGUUCCAGCAUCUAGUGCAGCACGGUAGUGAAGAUCAACUGCGAGCUUUACUAGACGACAUGUUGGGUCCGAGCCACGCCAUAUCGACGCCUCGCCACUGGGAGAACUCCAUAUUGGGCAUCAAAAAGCACGACAUCUUGGAAGAAAUGUUGUCCCUUCUUGUCCGACAAUUGCGAUGGCAGCGGCUCUACACCGAAUACGCGGAGCAACUUCAAGCACUCGCGCCCACUACUGCGAAUGUAUCCGCUACCGCUAAUGUACCCGCUAACGCUCAUAUGCCCGCCCUCAACGGUCACUGACCCCACGCCCGCCUUCUGCCAAGCGGAAGUUUACACAUUGAGAAACAUAUCCUUUGAUUAUAUUUGUAUUAUUUAAGCAUUUAACUGCCAAAUGUUUAAAUAUAAAGAAAAUUUUACUUGGAAAAAAACCACGCGGGUCAGUCAAAUUAAUUUUAAAUAGCGAAGGGUGCUGGUUCGAUUCCCGUCUGCUGCCUGGUCCGCGUGGAAUUUUUUCUAGAAAUUUUCUUUAUAUACUUUGAUUUUUUCACCUUGUAACAAUUUGCUAAGAGGAACCAAGGAAGAGCUUUAGUCAACACGUAACAAACUAUUGAAAGACUACGUUAUUAGUAGGAACAUUCAUAAAAUGAAUAACUUACAAGUUUUAUUAAAUGUAAUAAUUAUUUAGUUCAAUUCUAGACGAUGGCAAAAACCAUAAACUGCGUUUUAGGACUUGUUUACCGGUUAAUUUUCAAACCUAAAUCAGUAUCAAGUACAUUAGGAAAGUUUUAUUUAGGUUUGGCUCUACCUUAACCUUAAAAAACCGGUUUUCCUAAAAAGCGAAAUCAAAUAGGCUUUGAAUCAAUUUAGCGGUUUUUAAAGGGUUUCAUUUCGCUCUUAACGACGGCAUCGCCUUCGCCGUUUCAAUUCAAAUUUAUAAUGAUUUUAUGUCAGUUUGUUUCCAACUACAGAGCGAGUGAGUGAAGUACUUUGCAGUACAGAACUACAAAAUGAAUACUUGACUCACUAGACGCUAAAUGUCUGUGUGUCAAUGUGUCAAUAAAUGCAUCAAUCUCUGAGCAUUAACAAGUUGUGACUUGAUUAGUUCAAACAAGACAAACUUCAAGCGAUGCCCAACGCGUGCACGUGUCGCUCUGGAUUAAACCGGUUUAUUAAGUUUUUAGGUACCGCUUUCAUUUCGGACACGCUCCGAACGAAACCUUUACUAAAAAUCGGUAUGAACCUAUAUUUACCGGUAUUCUCGAAACCGGUUACAAGCCCUGCUGCGUAUAAGUCACGGCACGAAACACUAGCGCUGUCCGUUAUUGCUCAGAAGUAAAAAUUAAGAUGUGUUGGAUCGUGUUUUUUCGCCGUCAUUUUUAGUAAUUUUACUGUAUACCAGAAAAUUGAUUCAAACUACCUUUGAAAUAUAAAAUUGUAAUUAAAAGAACAAGUCAACAUUCUGAUGUACUUAUAUAUUACCUGAAUGAAACAAAUUGAUUUGCUAUUAAGUAUCACACGUGUAUCAAUAUCUAUUCACCACUAGCUCGCAUCUCAUAGCAUCCAGUGUCGAUGUGCCUCACGUCGUCUCUUUUAUGGAGUUGACAUAAUAGUGUUGUUUCCUCAUGACAGAUUAGUCAGUGCACAACCGUUACUUUGAAUUAUCUUUGUAACUUUGUUCAACUGAUUACUAAACGUUGCGUUAAUUUUUAAGUGUGUAUGCUGUUGGUCACAGAUACGGUUACCAUCCGUCCGGAUAUGUCCGGACUUUUAGCAUUUUGUCCGGUCUUUGUCCGGCUUUUAAAUUGUCCGGAUUGUUUUAAGUAGGUGGAAUAUGAGUAAAACUACUUAUUAAUUUAUAUCAAAUUAAUUAAGGUCUCAUUAAUUUAAAACAAAAUUUAAAUAAUCUUUAAAAAUCAACAACGAGACCCCCCUCGUGAUGCGAGCGUCUGCUACCACGCGUAUAAUAUCACUGUACCUAAGUGGGUGAUGUUUGCAUUUUGUGACUUUUAUCGAAAUGUCCGGCUUUUUGUCAGGACUUUUUAAAUAGUAAUCCUAGGCACAGAUGACAUUUACAGCCGCACCGGGUUAGAGGCCGGCGAGAUCCUAGAGGGACCUCAAGCCGAGAAUUGGCGAGUGCCUCUAGAGGUAUUCCAGGCGGAUGGCAUCUCCCCAAGGGGGGAGUCUCCUCACCGUCUGGAGCCUCUUGACCACUCUAAUCUGAGUGGUCGUACUCAUGCGCUCUUUGUUCGCUUUUUGUUCAGCACUAGAGUUACAUGCCGCGACUUAUUAGUGAGACUAGUUUUUGAGUAAUGAACAGCAAGUACUUGUGUAAAAUUUGCAUUCUUGGUAUAAUUAGCAAUUGCCUACAUAGUUAUAAUGGCUAUUGGGCAGUAUAAAAAUUAGAGUACCAAUUGUUGGCAUCUGUAUUUAAUGGGAAUAUUAGCAGCUAUUUUACUACUCUGAGAUAACGAAUAAUUAAUGACUUCCUUAAAAAUCGUUAAAUAGAAGUUUUUUUUUUUCUUCUUUCUAUUGUCACGUGACCGAAAACGCCUGCGAUUGGUGAAGACUAAAAUGACGUCACAUGCUAGUAAGCCUCCCGUGAAAGUGAUAUUACAUUGUAUCGUUUGCCAUUUUAAUGACAAGUUGUGUGACGUCACAUACUAGUAAGACGCCAUAAUAUCCAGAGAAACGUUUUCGCGACAAAUUUUAAGAGUAUUUUUUUACUGUAAUACACAACAGAAUGGUGAAUAUCCAUUUUUAAUAGGCGCCGUUAACAUAAAUAAAUAAAGUGAGAUCGUUUUCAAAAAACUUGUCAAAUAUUGCUAAUUUUAUCAAGAAUUUAAACUUUCCCCUCACCCGCCCACUGCCGAGCGGGCAGUUGCAUAAUAAUAAUGAUAAAUAUGUCCCUUGUUUUUCUCCCUUGUAACAAUCCAAUGAAGAAGAAAGGGGACUUCUAACGAUCAAAAGUCUACGUACAUUAUGUAAUAUGUUAAUUCAUACUUACAUGAAUAACGUUACAAAUAAACUUGUAACAAUCUACCGAAGAAUAAAAAAAAGUCGACUUCUAACGAAACUAUUGAAAUACUAUACGUAAUUUGUAGGUAUAUUCAUAUUAUAAAUCAUGCAAGUUACAUAAAAAGUAAUAACUAUCUAAUUAUAUUCAAGAGUAGAAGAUGGAAAAACACCAAGAACUGUAGGUUAGACUUGUUUUUGUACAUUAGUGGAUAUAGCAGCAAGUAAGACUUUAUAACUACUAAUUUUAUAGCUAUUAACGGGAUUGUUACCAUGUACCUUGUUUUUUAUGAAUCUUCGAUAUUUCGGCACUGUUGCAAGCGCCAUGAUAAAAGACGACGUUGAGGGUAGACAUAUCUUUAUGGCAACAACAUCUACCCGCAAUUACUUCAGUUACUCCUAGUUCAUGGCGCUUGCAACAGUGUCGAAAUAUCGGAGACUCAUAAAAAACACGGUGCGUGGUAACAAUCCCGUUAAUAGCUAUAAUGUUAGUGACCAUGAAUGUUUAAAACAAUAUAACUGAUAAUUGUUUUAAACUUUCAUAAUCACUAAGAUGGUCACGGAGACUCCGUGAUCAUGGCGCUUGCAACAGUGCCGAAAUAUCGGAGACUCAUAAAAAACAAGGUACAUGGUAACAAUCCCGUUAAUAGCUAUAAUAACUGCUAACUAUUAAGAAUGAAAAUUAUAUUUUUCAUUCAAAACAAGUUACAAUUUACUUAAAUAAAUCGACAGCAAGUAAUUAUCAAUAACAAAAUUCUAAUUUAAUUAAAAACACGUUGGAGUGAACCGUCGUAAAUUAACGGUGAGGCUAACGGUAACGCUACUGAUACAAGAAUUAGCAUUUAAAUAUGUAACAAAAAUACGAAGAUAAAAAAAUAAUAGAUAAGAAUAUAUAUGAUUUUAUUUAUUUUUUAGCAUUGAACUGCUAGAUGUUUAAAUCUAAAAAAAAGUUUACUAGAAAAAAAUCCACGCGGACCAUGCAGCGGACGGGAGCGGGAGCGGUCCCGUCCGCUGCCUGGUCCGCGUGGAUUUUUUUCUAGUAAACUUUUCUUAAGAAUAUAUAUAUAUGAGACUAGAGGUCGCCCGCGACUUCGUCUGCAUUAACUUAGUUUCUUGAAAAUCCUUCUGGAACCUAACAUUUUUUCGGGAUAAAAGUAGCCUAUGUAUUAAUCUAGGGUGUCAGCUAACUCCAUACCAAAUUUUAUUAAAAUCGCUUCAGCCGUUUAGACGUGAAUAAGUUACAAACAUACACACUGUGAGUGUUCACAUCUCACACACUCACAAAUUUUCGCCUUUAUAAUAUUAGUGUGAUAUAUAAUUUCCAUAAAUACCCUUACUUUACUGAAACAAGAUAAUUGCCACUGCAAGGGAAUCCUUGCCACAUCCUAACUCAUAAUGACACAUGUUUACAAAAAAUGUUGAUGGUGUUCACAAAAUGUGGAGACAAAUAAUCCAUACUAAUAUAUGUGUCUGUCUUUUACCUCUUCACGCAUAAACCACUGAACUGAUUUAGACUAAAUUCGGUAUAGAGAUAGUUUUGAGCCGCGGGGAAGGACAAAGCAUAGCUUUUACCACAGAAAUCUCCUUUUAAAGGGAAGAAAACGGUGGAUUGUAUGGGUCAAACAAAUAAUUCCACGCAGACGGAGUCGCGGGAAGCACUAGUAGUGAGUAAAUAUACUCUUCCCCUGGUUGCAUAGUUAAUAGCAGCUAUGUAAUUUUAUAAUGUAACCAAAUGUAAGGAACGGCUCACAGAACUGAAUAAUAAUAAUAGGGAAUAUGCAUAUUUUCUUUUACAUUUUUAUUUCAUUAGUAGUUUAAAUUACCUUAAUAUAUAUAAGUUUAAAUAUUCAACGUCGAAAAAGUAGUGUAAUUUAUCUCUAAUAAUUGUUUUAAAUAGCCCCUUUACACAGUCAUUUUAUGCACAUGCUAUUUUGAAUCUCUUGGUGUGACCAAGGGCGGAUCCAGCUUUGACGCCAAGGGGGGUCAUAUAGUCGUGAUCAAGUGACAGUGAGUACAGAUUGUGAAGUGGUACAGAUGGACCCAGCCCAGGGGGAGGUCAUGACCCCCCCCCCCCCCCCCCACCUCUGGAUCCGCCCUUGGGUGUGACGUCACAGUUCAUAGCAACGUAGCAACAAAACAAACAAGUCCACAGCUAGAUUAGGAGGUUAGGUGCGCUAGCGCAACGCACUCGUUCUAGGUCUAGUUGUCUUUGACAUAUUCUGUGAACAUGUUGUUUGUCGAUUCGUUGUUAUGUAUUUCUACGUCACAACCGCUCUUCAGAUAUUUGAAUUUCCCACAAGCUUUUCAAACUUGUAUAAUUUUUUUUUCUCAAAAUGAAAAUUUAUUCAAAAAUAUUAAUGAAGGAACAAUUCAAAAGUCUAGCCAAAAGCCUUAAUAUUAUACAAAACUUAGCCUUAUUUGAAUAACAUCCAUAAUCCCUAUUAUCACGUUAAUAUUCGAGUGUACCAAGAUCUCUAACAAUAAAGCCCUAUAGAUAAAGUUAGACAGGUUUUGUGUAACUAUCUCAAAUGGUACGUCAUGUUUCCGGAACCGCUGUCUGUGUAUCGUAAAAGGUGUGUGUGUGUACAUUGUAUGUAAAAAAAAACUUAUACCUAUUACACAUGCCUAUGGUUAUAAGAGUUCGUGAAAACCUGUUCCUUAUUUGGAACAAGUUAGACGUCGAUUUGAAACUUUAGCAAUAAAUAAAAUGAUAUUGCAUAAGAUAUGCGUUAUGUAAAAUAGCCUUAAUUUUGUAAUAGAAUUUUGUAGUUUUGUAUUACAGGAUAAUUAAAUUUAUCCGCUGAAAGUGAUUAAAAUACGCCAGUAUAUAAACAAGGCGAACGUUGUUGUUCUUCCAAAUGGCUCUUACUGCAAUAGAAUUAAAGAUGUCUUUUCAUUGAUGGCAGCAAAAUUAUUUUUUUAAGUACCUAACUUAUUAGUUUUUUUUUAUCGAUGAUAGCAAAAUUUUGUUUUAAAAUAACUUACUAUAAUUAUUAUCUCUCUCAGAGCGUUACGCUGACGCUACAUUGAUUGAGUCAAAAUUGUGUUUUAAUCAUAAAUUGUCGCAGUAUAUAUUUUUCAACACAUUUGCUAAAAAAUCAUUUUCGGAGGUUGUAUGCAUUGUUUGAAAGUUCAAAAUUAUGGGCUAUACAACAGAGUGUGCGCUAAAACAUUUUACCGCAUGCUCCGCAAAUGGCGCGGUGCGUAUGUUUUACGUUUAUUUUUCUUAUUUCUGGACGAACCUCCAUUGAAAACUUUUUAUCUGUACCUUUGUCUCACUUUAAUACAUGAUGAAGGUAGUUCUUAUUUUCACCAUCCGCACGACAAAUUUCUUAUUAGAAAACAGUUUGCUUUAUUACAUAAAUGAGGUAAAGGUCCUGUUUUAACGCAAAUGUAUUGAAAAACUUUGUAUGACAUUCGUGCGGGAUUGGUAUUUACAAACUCGUGACUAUGGUAAGCAUUCGUCUUCUCGUUUGUAAUAACCAACUUACCACACUAAUAUCAUAACAUAACUAUUUCGUUUACUCCCAUUCCAGCAUGAAAAGACAAAGACUUUCAUUGUUAAGAAGAUAAACAUAUACUCUUAAUGUUAUAAGCAUCUUACUUACCUAUAUAUUUUAUAAUCGUGUUCAUAUCAAUCUUAUGAAUGUUAAUGAAUUAGUAUUAGAUUUAAUGUAUUUAAAUAAAGACUUGAAGUAUAUUUAAUUAAGGUAAACUUAGAUACGAACCUGGUUAAUCUCCUAAAAUAUGCUUGUUGUAGGAUUACAUCUUUCUUAGGAACUUUUUUUAUUGAAAGAGAUAUGUAUUGCGUUGUGUCUGGAUGGUUGUAGUACCGUAGCUAUUUCAAUAGACAAGUAUCUUAAGAACUGUUUCGCAAACAUAUAAUAUAAUUAUUAAUUUAAUACUUAGAUAAAAAGAGAUAGAAGUAAAAAGAGAAGAUACGGUACGCUCAUACUAGCAUCAAAUAAAAUAUGCUCCGACUUAAUUACAUAAGCGACUCUCACGCACGCACACUUCUGUAAAUAAACAUUCAAUCGAGCGAGCGAGACAGAACUGUACGCUUCAACGCAGCGCGAGCGAAACGACGAGACCGCUUUACAGUCGGCUGACUGCGUUUUCUUUUCCCUCUACAAACGGCUGAACUGUAUUGUUGUCCUUUUCUUGAUAACAAAUGGCGAAUAAAUAAAUAACAUUGAAGACAAACCGUGAUUUUUGAAAAAAAAAGUUUAUAGUUUUACAAGUGAAAAGUGUUGCCAUCAGACCCGUCUUUCCCAGUGGGCACUUUGGGCAAGUGCCCAGGGCCGCGCGAUUGAUAUGAGGCCCCCUCAGAUCAAAUACAAAGUCCCUAGUUCCUGUUAAAUAACCAAACGGAAGUCAUAGGGUCAUUAUCCUAAUAUACCCAAAGCCUCCAAUAGGUCAAAGACGUUAGUGUUCUUUUUAUAAGCUUCAAAGGCAUUGUUUUAUCUUUAUAACACAGAAUAUACGCAAUUUUGUUAUAUUAAGUUCACAUGCAGCGUAUUUGGAUGUCAAAUUGUAACUGAAGCGAAUUGUGUUCAUGCACCACAAUUUAAGCGGUACACUUUUGAGCCGCGAGUGCCGUAUAUUCUCUUUUUGAUGUGUAACAUCUCUUCUCUCGCUUUCCUUCAUUUUGUGGGAGUGAUUUCGUGAAAUGGGACGGAAGUGUGUAACAGGAAGUCGCGAAGGCGCGCGCUAUUUGAUUUGAUUUUAGAACCUUUUAUUUCUUUUUUUACUAAUAUAAGGUGAGGUUUCAAAUGUUACACAUCAUACGCGACUACUGUAAGGCUCGCUCGUAUUUUGUUUUAACCUAAGUUUUAAUAUCCCUCAAGUAGAAGGAAAGCUAUUUUACCUAACCCAAACAUUAACUUCAAUAACUGUUGUAGAAUUCAUAGACGCAAACUUUUAUGUCCGACUCAUGACUCAACUUCAUGAUCUUUAUCUCAAGUUUUUUAUUAUCAAGACUCAAAGACUUCGACUAUGAUCCAUCUUUAUUAAUAAGAAGGUAAAGAGUACAAUAAGAAUGCUAAGGCAACACAUGAUCACUUCAGAUAUUCGCUCCCGAUAAAAUUGACCAACACGGUUUAUUACUUGAAUUAGACAUGGGAUAAUUUUAAUCCCGGAAAACAAAGUAACUGAACUUUACAUAGUUUCUGAAAAUCUAACAUUAUUAUAUCUCUAAUAUAUAAAAUUCUCGUGUCACGGUUUGCGUAAUUGAACUACUCCGAAACGGCUCGAACAAUUUUCGUGAAAUUUUAUAUGCAUAUUCAGUAGGUCUGAGAAUGGAACUACAUCUAUUUGUCAUCCCCCUAAAUGUUAAGGGUGGUCCACCGUUAAAUUUAUUUUUUUUGGACAAUUUUUUUGUAUGCUACAUCAUACAAAAAUACAUACAACCCUAAAAUUUCACCCUUCUACCACCAACCCCUUUUUUUUAUGGCGGUACGAAGCUCGUUGGGACUGCUAGUAUAUUAUAUAUUUCUAUACGUUUUCUGCAACUUUGUGUACGUUUGUAAUUAACCAGAUAUCUUGACUAAAACAUAUGUAAAAUAGCAUCUCGACCUCGAUGUAAGAGUAAGUAAGGUAUUAACUUAGGUCGACUUGAAACAAAUUUGUUGAAUCUAAAACUAGAUUUAGCAAAAUUGCUGCAAGUGUUAUUCCAUCAAAUUGUAAUGCUCUAAUUAUAAGUUUGUGUACCGACAGCCACGGAUCAAGUUUUCCAAAAUUGUCAAAUCUCGUAGUAACUUUGAGUUUUAUUUCAAUAUAUAUAAGACACACAAUUCGUGGAGAAUUUUUGACAGUUUGUGGUAACAUGGUGUGUUGUUUUUACUUAAUAAACGAUUCAUUUCUAAUAGCGUCGAAGGUAUAUUCGUUGGUAACACUCUGCAAACAGCAUUCAGAAGGAUUAUUAUUUAGUCUAUGCGGAAAGAGUAUGGGCGUGGCGAAAAACGGAACUAACAUUAAUAUUUUUAUUUGGCAAUCAAACCCAGCAAUCUGUAAAACGUUAAGUUUUGUAUUAAUACGGAUUUGUUUGUUGUUGAAAAGCACUACAGUGCCCUCCAAUCUAAAUCUCAUUCUUUUUCCGCACAGACUCUACUGCUUUUAUUAGGUAUUUGUAUGUGUCAAACCCGUUUUUAGUGUGUAUUGCGACCGAAAAAAUACGAUAAAUUGUAAAUAUUAUCGGACUGUGAUUUUAGUAUUAUCUUUGCGAAAGGCAUGAACAUUGUGAAUUGUGAGAUUUUUCUAAAAAUCUAGUCAAACUUUUAUAACAUGAAUUUGUUAGGUCAUUUGUAUAACUAUCAUUGAACAUUAUUUUCAUUUGUAUCAAUGAAACACAUGUCCGCCUAAUUAUUUUUAACAACAUGAAAUUGUAUUUUCAAAUUAACAACUAGGAAAAUGCUACUACAUGAAAUAAUUGUAAUGCCUUAAUAUGCAGAUUGAACAGUAUAUUAUGGAUCUUAAAAUUCGUUACAGUAAAGAUGCUUUUGAACUGAACAACUUUUGUUUUUUUCUUUAUUUCCAAACUACCUUUGUAUUCAGAUUUUUAGUGCUGUUUUUAUAAAAAUAUACUCCCACACUUCUAUUGGCCCACCUAGCAUUUUAAGUUUUGACCCUAGUAGAUUUGACGGUCCCUAGCUUAAAAUAAAUGUAAAUUUAGCAAAAAGUUUUACACAGUUUUGAAGCUAAAAUAACCAUAUUUUUCAUACGUUUUUAAAAAUACAAUUAUUGCUUAAUGUAACUUAAUGCAAUGUUUUUGCUGCAGACUGUUGAAACUUAUGACACUAAACGGGCCUAUAGAUGUGUCUGAAAGUGUAUAUUCUUCACAAUGCCCCAUAUCAAUAGUUUUCUAUAAUAAAAAUGGUGCUAUUACAUCUACACGUCCUCUUCGUAAAGGAUAACCGACGGAGGCCCAAAGCACGAGUUUUUGGCAGCUCCGUAGAGUAUCGUAAUCGUCAAAUUUUGUAUGGAAAAAGCUAGUUUGUUCUUACGUUCGAUAUGGGCGCUGUUUAGUUUACCUAGAAACUUAGAUGCGAUACAGGAGCUGCCACGAAUUCGUGCUUGGGCCUUUUGAACAGUACCCUUAGCACGAACCAAUAUCGAAUUCGAAUAGUUUGAAGUCCGAAAUGUCAUUGUCAAAUGUGUACUGAUUUUUAGUUCUCGUUACGUACUUUGUGCCGCUGCUGUUCAAGUUCCCAUACAAAAUUUGACAUUGACAUUUCGGUUUGCAAACUAUUCGAACUCGAUAAUGGUUCGUGCUAGGGGUACUGUAUUAUUACCGUAAGGAAAUUCUUUCCUAUUGACUUUUUGUAUAGUAGAGCGGCAUCUCACUUCCAUUAUGAGUACAGGCCUGAGGCUUGAUUUUUCAAUUUUCAUUUCAAGGAAAUAUCAAAAUAUAUCUCUCUUCUUUCAGUUUUCAGGUUUAGUUGGUAUGCAUCUCUAUGAAUAAAUGUGAUUUUUAGAGAAUUAGAAAAUAGUGGUGUAAACGGACAACAUAAAUAAAAAGUAGAAUUUUAUAUCACAAUAAUUUAUUUUCACGAAUCACAACAGUUCUCACAAGGUAUAAAUCUUCGAGUUAAGUUGAGAUGUGGUUAAAAUUGAUUCUUCUCAUGAAUGAAAAAAUAAAAGACAUUUACAAAGUAAAAUGAAGCGACAUUCAGAAUGUGGGAUGAAUAAAGUAGACAUUUGCGCAAGGCACACGACGAUUUCAUUAGAUAGAUUUACAAAAAAAAUUAAGUCACAAGAUUUGAGCUCAUGAUCCGACAAGUUCGCUACGUUAACAAUACCCCUAUCUAACAACAACCCGAAAAACGGUCACUCCUAGUGAUAAAAUUUCAAUAUAUUGUACAAUAUCAACCGCGACAACAACUGCCGCCGAAACUCAACAAAUCGGCGGUCACUAUGCAAAUUUUGGUCCCAGACAUUCGGGUGACGCGGCGGUCGAGCCGCUACUACCUAACUAACGUACAUGUCUCUGUUAGAAUCAUCUAAACACUUAACACUAAAGCCGGCUCCCCUGCUCGAGCUUCGCUCCUGCAUCGCACCAAAACAUUUUAGAAACAUAGGCGAAUGCCCAAAUCCCCCUUUGACAAUAUGGCGCUCCAUCCCUUUCUAUAAACAUAGAAGUGCCGAUAUAAACGAGCGAACUAUUCAGACUGUUCGUAAUCAAAAGUUGGAAUGGUAUCGUAAAGCUAAAAUAUUUUUAAGCGUUUUCUGCGCAAUAUCGGAGGACUCUCCCAUUACGCCACAAACGUUUAAAAAAAUAUUCCAUGCAAUUUCAAAAGCAUUUCGAAUCUAUUCAAAACUUUCGUUUACUGAAAUUCAGUGUAGGGUAAAUAUCUCGUUUUUAAUAUUCAACUGCUUCUGUGCGGUAGAAGGAGACAGACGGAGCGACUCGCAAAAAGUAGGACCUGGGAUCCACUAACUUCUAUACUCAGCCUAGCUUAGUCCGACUGAUGUGAUGUAUGCUUUAGGACA